AUGGCCCUAGGCAGCAGUCUAGGCCUGAGUGUCACCCUGGUCCAAGGUGGCAAGCAGGCCACCAACAUGAGCCCAUUUCUUACAGCCCUUGAUUCUUCAGAACUUGCUCUUACCUCAACACGUACCCUCCCAAAGCCCAUCAUCUGGGUUGAGUCAGACUCUGUGCUUUCCUUCUAUACACCUGUGAUUAUUUGGUGUCAGGGGCUCUCAGAGGCCAUGGAGUGCCUUGUGCAUAAAGAAGGAAGCAUAGAUCCUUGGGACAGAGAGUUCCCUCUGGAAUGGAGGAACAAGGCUAAGUUCUACAUCAAACACAUGUCAAAGGACUUUGCAGGAAAAUAUAAGUGUUACUAUAAGAGCCCUACUGGCAGAUCAGAGCACAGUGACAUUCUGGAGCCAGUAAUAACAGGUGAGAGGACAAAUCCCUAUCUGUCCGUCUGGCCCAGCCCUGUCCAUUAUGGCCCAGGAGAGUCCAUAACCACGCAGUGUAGCUCACUGAUGGGAUUUGGCAGAUUUAUUCUGAUCCAGGAAGGAAAAUACAACAUCUCAUGGACCCUGGACUCACAGCAACAUGCCAGGAUGUCAUACCAGGCUCGUUUUUCUCUGGACUUUGUGACUGCCAACCACAAUGGGAUUAGAUGCUAUGGCAAUUUUAGGAAUGAUCCUCAGGGGCAGUUAAAAUCAAGUGACCCCCUUGACCUUCUGGUCUCAUAUAAGGACUCCUGA